AUGAAUCCUGUUGGUGUUGCUAAUCCCAGAAUAAUCCCUGAUAAUCGGAUAACAUCAUCUUCCAGUCACCACGGUCUGCACCAGGCGGUCCAUGGUCGUCUCUACAGUUACAGAGGCGGUGCUUGGUGUUCGCGUGAGACUGACAGUGACAGUGAAUGGCUUCAAGUUGACAUCGGAGAAAUAAUUCAAGCAUGCGGGGUCGCUAUCCAAGGAAAAAGAACAGGUCACCAAAGGGUUAAAGCUUUCACACUGUCUUAUUCCUUAGAUGAAUCAAUCUGGGAAACCUACCGGGAUGAAAGUGGUGAAGAAAUGGAAUUUCAGAGUUUUGGUUACGAUUUUGCAAUCGACCAGCACAAGUUACCACUGCCAGUGUAUGCAAGAUACUUUCGAUUUUAUCCAAUCCAGCGUCAUGGAAACUGCCUUAGGGUUGAGAUUUUCAAAGAAAAAUUUCCAGGAUGUCAGUACAUCGACGUAGGACUAGGCAAUGGAUACACCCUAGAUAGAGAUUUCAGUUCGUCCUCUGUACUAAACACAAACACACCUGCUAAGAAUGGUCGAUUGAACUACAAUAAAGGAUCAUCAUGGUGUGCCGCAACAAAUGAUAGUCAGCCAUAUCUACAGGUUGACUUUGAAAAGCUUUAUAUCAUCUGUGCUGUGUCAACUCAGGGGAACUCCCAAGGGGACGAGUGGGUAAGGAAGUACACACUUCAAUCAUCUAGGGAUGGAACAAAUUGGACAGACUAUCAAGAGGCGGGAAUAUUGAAGAGUACUAAAUAUCCUCACGUUUCAGGAGAAUCGCUAGAUUGCUUUAAGAAUCCUGUUGGUGUUGCUGAUCCCAGAAUAAUCCCUGAUAAUCGGAUAACAGCAUCUUCCCAAUACGACGGUCUGUACCAGGCGGCCCAGGGUCGACUUUAUUAUGGCACUGGUUGGUGUUCGCAUAAGACUGACAGUAACAGUGAAUGGCUUCAAGUUGACAUUGGAGAAAUAAUUCAAGCAUGUGGUGUUGCUAUCCAAGGAAAAAGAGGAACACGUCGCCAAACGGUUCAUGCUUUCAAACUGUCUUAUUCCUUAGAUGAAUCAAACUGGGAAACCUACCUGGAUGAAAGUGGUGAAGAAAUGGAAUUUCAGGGUAUAGGUUACGAUUUUGCAGUCGACCUGCACAAGUUAUCACUGCCAGUACAUGCAAGAUACUUUCGAUUUUAUCCAAUCCAGCGUCAUAGAAGGACCUGCCUUAGGGUUGAGAUUUUCAAACAAAAAUUUCCAGGAUGUCAGUACAUCGACUUAGGAAUAGGCAAUGGAUACACCUUGGAUAGAGAUUUCAGUUCGUCCUCUGUACUAAAUGCAAACACACCUGCUAAGAAUGGUCGAUUGAACUACAAAGGAGGAUCAUCAUGGUGUGCCGCAACAAAUGAUAGUCAGCCAUAUCUACAGGUUGACUUUGAAAAGCUUUAUAUCGUCUGUGCUGUUUCAACUCAGGGGAACUCCCAAGGGGACGAGUGGGUAAGGAAGUACACACUUCAGUCAUCUAGGGAUGGAACAACUUGGACAGACUAUCAAGAGGCGGGAACAUUGAAGGUAUUCUCAGGAAAUUUCAACCGAAAUAAAACGGUAAAACAAAUUUUGUGCAUUGAGCUUGUUGCUAAGCGAUUACGUUUCAUUCCUAAAGAGCACUACGGAAACUGCUGUAUGAGGGUUGAAAUAUAUGGAAUACCACUGACAGCAGAUAACCUUGCCUUAGGAAAGCCAGCCCGUCAGUCAAGUAUUUAUGCGGUUGCUAUGGAUGUUAAUUAUCCGAGAAGAGCAGUGGACGGAGUAAAGAAUACAAAUAGAUACUAUUGUGCAAGCACAGGAGCAUCAUAUCCUGAUCCGUAUUGGAGAGUUGACCUUGAACAAGUGCUGCCUGUUUCAGAGGUUUUCAUACUCAAUAGUGGAGACUGCUGUGGGGAACAUUUCAAUGGUACCGAGAUAAGAGUAGGAAAUGAAACUAGAGAUAGAGGAGGAACCAACGAUCUUUGCACCAGUGAUCUACGAGUCCCCCAAGGAAAGGGAAAGUUUUUUCGAUGUAAUAUGACGCUGUAUGGCAGAUAUUUAUUUAUCAGGAUACCUGGAUCGUCGAAAGUGUUGGUCCUAUGCGAAGUUGAAGUUUUCUCCGCAGUUAGAUCAAAUCUUGCCUUGUAUCAGUCUGCUUCUCAGUCUUCUACAAGGUCAAAUUAUACCGCUAACAAAGCUGUGGAUGGAGAUGUUCACUCCUGUGCUACAACUCAGUCCCAGCAGGACCCCUGGUGGAGAGUGGACUUAGGAGCAUCGCGGGUUGUGGCUAAGGUCAUCGUUACAUACAAAAAUCAAAUGGAAGGACUUCAAGUCUGGAUUGGUUAUGACAGUGA